AUGACUCCGCGCCGCGUGCAUCAGAAGUACUCUACCUUGUGGGAGCUUUUGGCGAGCUGUUACUCCUUCAAUAGGGCGACCCCAAACGUACCCCUUUCACGUUCUGACCAUUCGUCAAAGCUACGUCAGCAGACGCAAAAAAGCACAAUAUCGCUGAAUUGGUGGGGAAAAUAUCAAAGGCUUGCUUUGUGUGCUUCUUUGGUGCCGCCACAUUCUUUCCCUCUCGAACUAGCCUUGGAUAUCACAGAAACGAAUUUAAUGAACCUUUUAGACGCGUAUAAUACCCUAGAGAUCAAUCAGCUAGCGUCUCCUGAGGAAGUCAAGUCGGCCUACAGGAGACUGGCACUUCGAUUUCACCCAGACAAGAAUCCAUCACCAGACGCAAAAGACAAGUUCCAGCGUAUCAGUACUGCAUAUGCUCGUGUCCUCAAGAGCUUUGAGCGACCACUCAAGACCAGACUCUCUGAGUCGGGUGAGGGUUAUUACUGUGACAAAUGCGACAAACUACACCCAUUCGAUGAGGAUAACGACAAAAGAGAGAUGAAUUUGGAAGA